AUGUGUAAAGCACAGAUAUUGCGAUUAACAAUGCCAAUUUCACAAAAUCGAGAAAACGUGAUAAUCAAUAAUUUUCAACAACUAAUUGAUCAGAAAAACAAUGAUAUACAACAACUUCAAGAUAUAAAUAUUAAGAAUGAACAAAGAAUUGCUCAGAAAAACAAUGAUAUACAACAACUUCAAGAUAUUAAUAUUAAGAAUGAACAAAGAAUUGCUCAUUUAGAAAAUCAAAUUCAACGCUCACAAGGAACUUAUACGCUUUAUUUUGAAUCAUUUCUAACAAGCAAUGUGUUGGAAAGCACUUGGAUGUAUGCCCCCAUUAUAUUCAUUGUACCAAUGGCUAUAUACUUAUUUCGCGUACGUAAAUGA